UAACGCAAAGAAACCUCCUCGGAAAUGUCUUUGCUGUCGCUUGACAACACUGCUUCAUCGCGUCACCAUCCGCUAACCGCCUCCCCGGGAGGUCCGAAGGGACAAAUCGAGCGCGACGGUUUUCACCCGACGGCAGCCCGCGAGGUCACACCUAAAGCGAAAGGGGCGAGCAAACAGGUAGAGGACGGGAAACUGCGUCUGUCGUUAGCGUCUCUCCCCGUUAUCUCUCUGUAAACUGUGUAACUACAGGUACGUUAUCGUCGGACGGCAGGCCAGACGGGGUCCGUCGGGUUUACCUCCGCCCUGCUGCCUGUGUUUGUCUGCUGUCGGCGGGGACUCGGGUCGUCGUAGUUGGUACCGUAACGUAGCCGGUAACGUACGAACAGCCUCCGUGCUCGGUGCGAUGUCGGGGGCGUUGUAACGAGCUGUGAGCCGCCAGUCGAGAGGAUGUCGCGCAGCAGCGGCGGGUUCCGGUGGACGGUGGUGGUCCUGACCUGCCAGCACAGAGACAGCGUCUGCUCCUUCCAGAGAGAGCUGGAGUUGCGGCAGCAGCGUGGCUCUCUCUGCGAGGGUGCGUUGGUUCUGACAGUGCGGGACCGCCAGGAGCCGCUGGGCAGCGGGGGGGCGACACUGAACGCUCUGCUGGUCGCUGCUGAACACCUGAGCAGCAGAGCAGGACACACUGUGGUGACAGCCGACGUCUUGGAUGAUGCUCACAUCCUCAUCCUCCACGCAGGUCGAGUUUUUCCCUGGAGCUCCUGCAGCAGAGCGUUCUGCUGGCUGCCUCGAGAGAACCCCGACCAGAAAGUCCAAGCUCCAGUCUGCUGUCUGGACCUGCUGCUGGACUGCCUCAGUACCCAGAUCUGUCCCGGUUCUCCUCCUGGCGUUUGGGUCUGCAGCACCGACAUGAUCCUCACCAUCCCUCCUGACUUUGCUCUUUCCUGGGAGGGCUUCUCUGGCGUUCGGGUUUUGGCGUUACCAGGUGACAUCUCCUACGCAGCCAAUCACGGAGUCUACCUGUCCGACCAGCAGGGUCAGGUCAGAGACAUCAUCUACAAAGGAACAAAGGAGCAGAUUCAACAAGCCGUGAUGCCUGAUGGGAAAGUGCCACUGGUGUCAGGUCCAGUCUUCUUCAGCAGGUCUGUAUCAGAGAAGUUGUUGCAGACUCACGUCACUCCUCCUCUGGACGGCUGCACCUACCUGGGCCUGGACUCUGGAGCUCCGCCCCUGCAGAUCUCGCUCUUCCUGGACGUGCUGAAGUGUCUCUGCUCAGAUCUGACUCAGGAUCAGUUUGUGAGUGAGGAGAGAGCCGGCUGCAGUUCAGCUGUCGGACCACAGGGGGCGCCGGUGAGGGCCGGCAGGAAGGAGCUGUGGCGGAUCCUCAGAGGGACUCCAGUCAGAGUGGUGUACGUCCCCGGCGGUCGCUACGACUACCUGACACUGUCCGGAAAGCAGCACGUCGACCGACUGACCUGCGAUCGGACAGAGAGAAACACUCUGUCUCACGUCCAGAGAGAGAGCGGCGUGAGUGAAGGAGCUCGGGUGAUCAACAGCGUCAUGGAGGGAGCCGUUGCCGUGGCGACUGGAGCAGUGGUGCAACACUGCCACCUACAGGGUCCUCUGGACGUCCCCCCAGGUUGUUUACUGUCGGGUCUCGAGUUGUCAACAUCACAGUGCAUCAGGCAGCUGAAACUUGCCGACAACAUCAUCAUCCAGGGACAUCGCAUCGAGCUGGGGCAGUUAAAGCUGAACGUCUACACAGUGGUGGGAGCGCAGGACGACCUGGAGCUCUGCUCUGACGACAAUAACGCCUCCUUCCUCAACCAGAGAUGGAGCCUCUUCUACGGCAGGACAGGAAUACAGCCCGAGGAGUUGUGGGUCAGAGGAGAACAGCGCUCCCUCCUGGAGGCCCGUCUCUUCCCGGUGCUCCACCCCAGAGGAGGUGCUGCCGGUCUGGAGGGAGGCGUCGGCUGGCUGCUGCGGGGAGACGGCUGCCCGCGGCGGUGGAGGGAGGCGUGGAGGCUGUCUUUGAAGGAGGUGCUGUCACUCACCCACCAGGAGGCGGAGCUGCAGUGGAGGGAGGAGUUACUGUUCCUGGCGGGGAGGAGGAGAGUGUUCGACGCCCUGGUGACUCAGGCAGACGUCUGCCUGCUGCCUUGCUUCAGGGCGGCGGUUCUGGGAGGCCAGCAGGAGGCGCUGCUGGAAACACUGGACAAUAUUGCAGCAGGGAGCAGGGAGCCGGGGGCGGAGCCGGGGGCGGAGCUGGGCGUGGCCGCUCGCUGUCUCUCCUGUAUCGCCGACGUGUUGGUGUGUAUGGCGGGGGGGAGGGGGGGUCUGAGGAGCGGGCCUGCCGCUAACGACGCCUGGAGCUCCGCCUACUUCCUGUUGGAGGAGGGUAACCUGAGGGGCGGAGUCCACGCCCUGGCUGCACAGAGAGCUGACUGGCUCGGCGGGCCCGACCUGCUGGUCCGGGCGGCGCGCCACUACGAGGGCGCCGGACAGGUGCUGUUACGACAGGCCGUGAUGUCAUCGCAGAGGUUCAUCUCCAUCGGUCAGGGUGAAGUCCCGCCCCUUGGGGAGUGGCAGGAAGUGGAGUGUCCGGCCAGACUGGACUUGGCAGGCGGGUGGAGUGACACUCCCCCCAUCGCCUUUGAGCACGGCGGCUCCGUGACCAACGCCGCGGUGAGGGUUGAUGGGAAGCGUCCAAUCGGUGCCAGAGCCCGCCGCAUCGCAGAGCCCCGCCUCCUGCUGGUCAGCUACACCGGAGGGCUGCAAAGUGGGGUUUCCACGGAGACGGUGUGCGACAGCCUGGAUGACCUGAGGGACUACUGUCAGCCUCACGCGCCUGGAGCCCUACUGAAGGCAGUGUGUGUGUGCAGCGGUCUGGUGUCCCUCUCCUCCCAGCAUCCUCUGGGGCAUCAGCUCAUGCAGAAGUGGGGGGGAGGGGUGGAGCUCCACAGCUGGUCGGUGCUGCCCACCGGAUCUGGACUGGGUACCAGCAGUAUCCUGGCGGGGGCGCUGUUGGCUGCCGUCUACAGGUGUACCGGUCGAACCUACAACACGGACUCCCUCAUCCACGCCAUCCUCUACCUGGAACAGAUACUCACCACAGGCGGAGGCUGGCAGGAUCAGGUGGGAGGCCUGGUGGGCGGGGUAAAGGUGGGUCGUUCCAGAGCAUCUCUGCCCCUGCAGGUAGAAGUGGAACGUCUCCGUCCUCCAGAGGACUUCCUGGUUUCUCUGGAGCAGCAUCUCCUGCUGGUAUACACCGGCAAAACCCGCCUGGCUCGGAACCUGCUGCAGGAUGUGGUUCGUAGCUGGUACAGCCGUCUGCCCUCCAUGGUCCGGAACGCCCAGCAGCUGGUGGCCAACUCCGAGGAAUGUGCCAGAGCCUGUUCAGACGGCUCUCUGUCCAGACUGGGUCAGUGUCUGGACCGCUCGUGGCAGCAGAAGAAGCUGAUGGCUCCUGGUUGUGAACCGGCCUCUGUGAGAACCAUGAUGGAGGCUCUGAAGCCGCUGGUCCUGGGUCAGAGUCUGGCCGGGGCCGGAGGGGGGGGUUUCCUCUACCUGCUGACCCGGGAGCCUCGGCAGCGGCAGGCGGUGCUGCGGGUUCUCGACAACACACCGGGUCUGGGAGACUUCAGUGUUCACUCAGUGGAGCUGGACAUGGACGGGAUUACAGUCCUACCACCAUCCUGAGGACACACACACACACACACACACACACACACACACACACACGCUGACUGUAUGCUAAUGUUUUAUAAACCCAGCUGAUGUUAAAGAAAUCAGGAUUGUGGCUUCUGGCACAGUUUGCACAUUCAGAGUAUCUGAAUUUACAACAUUACAUCAUGCUUUUGAAAAUCAGCAGCAGUAACUUAAAACGGGCAUAAAGUGCAGUCAAAGGGCUAAAACGUAAAGGCACUUGAAUGAUCUUUGCUUGGUGAUGAUAAAAGCUUGUGUUUUACUUUAUUGAACUGUAAAGCAACUAAAAUGGAUAGUUUCAUACCAGUGUAUGAAAUGACAACAUGAAAACAGUGUGAAAGGAGUCUGAGGUAGUGACGAACCUACAGAGAAUCAUCAGAUGAACCUGCAUCAGCUCCCUUCGGUUUUACGGAGCUUUCCAGUGAGUUUCAGCUCAUUGUUUAUCUGUUUACCGCUCGGGUUCACUCUCACCGCUCUCAUAGCGUCGCUUUCAGCUGCAGCAG